AUCCAUGUUAUCCUUAUGACAUGUUUAUAUUUUUAGCAUCGGCCUAACAGCCACCAUGUCUUCCAAGUGCCUGUUAAUUUAUUUAUUAACCUUUAGUUUACAAUUCUACCUCAGUUUCGCCUCAGAUAUUUGUCAACAGAAAACUUGUCAAGAAUGUAUCAGAGAUCCUCAUGUUUGUGUGUGGUGCGCUAUGAACAACUUCAAUGGCACAAGAAGAUGCAUGCCUCGGGAUUCGUACACCAACGACUGGUGUCCAGAAUCUCUACAGAAUCCAAUAAACGUAGUUACCGAAGCGGAAAGUAAAGAAUUUAGUUCCAGUUCGGAUAACGUUAUUCAGAUUAAGCCACAGCGUUAUAAGUUAAAUCUUCGACCUGGAGUACCAGAAUCUUUUAAAUUUUCAUUCCAGGGGGCUAAAGAUUUUCCAGUGGACUUGUAUUUUCUUCUAGAUGCUUCAACUACAAUGGCUAAUAUCAGAGAUAUGACUGCUAAACAUAGUGAAAAAAUAUAUUUGUCCAUUAAAGAAAUGACUAAGAACGUUCACCUGGGGUUUGGUACUUUUAUAGACAAACGAGUGUUGCCUUUUACGAACAACACUUUCGACACAGAAUUAACGUAUUCGUUUCGACAUCGUAUGAAAUUAGCUGAUGAUUUCAAUAAAUUUAAAGAUGUAGUGUCUAAAACCCCUAGUGGUCUAAAUCGUGAUUCCCAAGAAGGCGGCCUUGAUGCUCUUGCUCAAGUACUUACCUGCACAAAUGUUAUUGGUUGGAGAAAAGAAUCAAGAAAAAUUGUUGUUUUCUUAACUGAAGGACCAUACCACACGGCUGGAGAUGGCAAAACUGCAGGUUUAUUUAAACCAUAUGAUGGUAAAUGUUAUACUGAAAAUGUAACUUACACCAAAGAGCUAGAAAUGGACUAUCCGUCUGUGGGCAUGAUAAACAAAUUAGCAACCGAAAGUGAUAUUAUUGUCAUUUUCGUAGUAGAUUCUCGUGUUAAAGAUGUCUACCAAGGACUAAGUAAGGCCAUAAGUGGUUCAAGACUUACGGAAUUUAAUCGUAUUGGGAAAGGAACCAACGAUGAAAUGAUAGUGCAUGUUUUAAAAGAUAUUUACACGAAAAUUUCCAAAAAAAUUAAACUGAAAACGAAAGUUAAGUCAGGACGGAAGAAGGAUUUGAGUAUUUCUUUCGAUCCAGACUGUACUACCAACCUUAAUAUCAAAGAGUGUGACGUAGAAAUUGGUAAAGAAAGUCAUUUAGUUGGAACAGUGCGGUACGAUGGCACUGAAGACGUUACCCUAGACAUCAUAGUUGAAGGCAUUGGUGAGAAACUUACACUUGACAUAGAAUCUAUUAAAAGCUGUGAAUGUGAAAAGAAUGUGGAACUUAGAGCUGAUUAUUGUCAUGGAGAAGCCCGGUUUUGUGGAAUAUGCCAUUGCAGCGAUAAGAGGUAUGGUGAUAGAUGUGCUUGUGUCAAAAGCGAAAGAAAUAUUUACAAUGACAAUUCGACCUGCAUAGCUGCUGGGAGCAAGGACAUCUGCAGCAGACAUGGCAUUUGCAACUGUGGCUCCUGUGAAUGUUUGGAUAGGUACGAAGGUGAAUUUUGUGAAUGCAACGUAGACAGCUGUCCGCGUAGUGCGAAGAGUGGUGAAGUUUGCAAUGGUCAGUUGCAUGGGAAAUGUAACUGCGGGAAGUGCAAGUGUGCGCCGAACUGGUCCGGUGACGCCUGCGACUGUUACGACUCCGACGUGUAUUGUAAGGGAAGCGAUGGUAGUAUUUGCCACAAUCGCGGCGAAUGCGUUUGUGGCGCUUGUCAGUGCUCACAAAUUGCCGAAUGGGACGCCCGUAAUAGCCAGGAUCCGUAUUGCCAAGUGUCACCCUGUACUGACUGCCACGAUCUUCAGUGUAGGAAACUGUCAAACUGCGCCAAAGGUCGCAGAAUCGGCAAGGAUGAAUGCAACAAUGACCGUAUUAAAAUCACUGUCGUAGAUAAACUAAGCGAUGACCUCGAUUUUAUGGAUGUAUGGAAUUUAUGCAGUAACAUCAAAGUGGAAGACAAUUGCAAUACUAGCUUCUACUACCGGUACAACGAUACUGAUUACAGUAUCGAAGUUAUCAUUGCCAGGAAUAAGGAUUGUGCUCCGAAUUAUUUUAUGUUUGGUGGCCUCUUUCUCCUGACGCUUUUAAUAGUGGGAAUUGGUACUUUAGUCGCCUGGAAGCUUCUCACAGACGCGAAAGAUCGUCAUGAGUACCUCCAAUUCUUACAACAAAACAAGCUUGAUGCUUCUGGACCAAGCACCAACCCCUUAUAUGAAUCGCCAACGACUACGUUCAACAAUCCAGCUUUCAGGAAAAAAUCUAUCGAUCAUAAAUAGUAGUGAAAAUGUGC